ACUAAAACCCCAGUGGAACAAACACUAAUGUGUCCAUUUGUUGAGUCAACUGCAAGUCUACAUGACACAGAUCUGGCGCCUUAUAAACUUCUGCCCUGUUCCUUUAUAUUAGUAAUAAGCUGCUGGGGGUACAGAGACUGAUCGCAGUUUGAAGUCCAGUUGCAGUAGUAGGAUAGAAGGAAAGAAGGAAAGAAGGAGAGGUCCCAGACUGAAGCUGUCGGCACUGUUGGUCCGUUUGCUGCUGCUCAGCCUGUGCCUGACACUGCCCCGCCCCCUCCAGCACUAGAAGGACAAGCUGUGGGCGCUGCUCCCAUUCACGUCUCUCUCGUAUUGUCAGUGAGUCUGUUGCGCAGCGAGUGCCACUGAGAGCGGAUUGGCCGAUGUCCACUCCCUUUCCCGAGACCCUCUAUCUGAGCUGGGACCAUGAGUAAAAGGCUGAAUGGUUGCAAGCCGCUCUCUAUAAACUUCACUAUAGACAACAUUCUCAAGCUGAACUCCAGCAGCAGGACACACAGGCUGCCCCCUCGGGAAACCUUCUCCCAGCGGAACCCAGCGGGACAGCCCCUUAUACGGCAGCGCGGAGAGGAACAUGCGGAUAAUGCGCGGGAGGAGAGCGGAGUGCGGUUCCCAGGACUCGGGAACAGACAUUGUCUUGUGAGCUCUACACAAGGUCUUGCCCACUGCAUGGAUCAACUGCCAAAGCUCAGAGACUUGCCCUGCAGAGCUGAAAGCCCUGACAGUUUGGGUGAUGAACCCUCUCCCACUCUAGAGAAACCCAACAAGAAGAACAAGCUUCUAGCUAAGAAGAAGACUCGCACAAUCUUCUCUAAGAGUCAGAUCUUUCAGCUGGAGUCCACCUUUGACAUGAAACGUUAUCUCAGCAGUGCUGAAAGGGCCUGCCUGGCCAAUUCAUUGCAAUUAACUGAAACUCAGGUGAAAAUCUGGUUCCAGAAUCGACGGAAUAAACUUAAGAGGCAGAUGUCUGCGGAACUGGAUGGCUCUCUACCAGUGGAACAGACUGAAGAGUUCAACCAUGGGGUGGCUCUGCCAGUCAUUUAUAAGGACAACUCUUUCUUGACCAGAUGUGUAUUGCCAAUGACUUUUCCAAUGAUGUACCCUGGAAGCACAUUUCCAUACUUGUGUUUUCCAACCCCAAGCAAAUACUACAGCCUCACACAAGGAGAUGGAUAAAGUAGACGCUGUAUAUGACCCAGUUAGUAUUUCAGUCUGGAUCGAUGACAGUUUUCAUGCCAUGUUUAUUGUGAAGAAUGUAAGAAAGAGUGCAACACAUUUUCAUAAAUGACCACAAUCUGUCAAAGAACAAUCCAAGCCAAUUCAGAUUAAAAUUUCUCAAAUAAAGUAUUGAAAAAAAGAAUCAAUGGUACAAUCAAUGAUGUUACUUAUCAUGGCAACCUCUGACGUUAUUAAUAUCUCUCUCAAUAUCUUCUCAGACAUAAAUACAUAUAGAAACAAAAACUGUGGUUCUAGGCAUGUGAACAUGACAGAGAAACCAAAUUCCUCUUGUUACAAGAAAUAUUAAAUAAGGUAUGUCACAUGAAACCAUCUUCUUAUAAAUGUCAUAUUUUUCACGUAUCUUUCAUUUCAUACUGUUAUUUGCCUCUUCUAUAUUUUUCCAUAACUAAAUCCCCUCUCUAGGGUUGAAACACAUUGGCGAUUGUAUGCGGUAUAAUUUUG